GGAUGAUGUGGAGGAAGUAGCUGGCGCAGCAGUCCUCCGUGUUGAGUCAACGUUGCAUCUGGGAGGCUGAGGCAUCUCAGACAGAUGACAUAGCGACUGGACCAGCUAGCGCUCUCAUCAUCCCCACACCGCGUCUGACGUCUUUCGUCGUCGCUCCCACUUGUUCGUUGUUUUGUUUUGUUUAUUUCCUAAUUCGUCAACGCUGUUUACUUUUUUGCGAUCGGGGCUGGUCGCCAAAUGCUCCCCGCGAGCUGUCCUGACACAGAUUUUGAUCUAAGUUGCUGCAAGCUAGCGUUAGCUCGCUGCUGCUCCCCUUCAGACAUUGAAGUGGCCACAUAAACAUGCGGAUCAUCGAGGCGGAGACCCCCGGGAUAUCUCUAACGUUAAGCAACGCUUCCUGCAGGACACGACUCUCGACCGGCCGCUGACGGGACUCCGCUGAGAAGAGGGGAGAGAGAGCGACGGACCUCAAGGACCAGAUUGCCUGCUGAACUUUUCGCCUCUCGGACAGACCGCCAGGGAUCAUGCUGACCAUCCUAGCUGCUGGAUCCGUUUUCUUUCCCGGCCUUUUCCUGCUGUCCAAACAAUGUCUGAAGUCCAUCCCGGCACUGAGAUGGAGCGAAGGAGACGCAGUCAUUGUUUCAGCGAGAUUGGUUUCAUCAGUUCAGGCAGUCAUGGCGUCUUCAGCUGGCUACAUCAUUGCUUCUUCCUGCGAGGACAUCAUUGAGGACCAGCACUGGCUGACCAGCACCUACAUCAUGUUCGCCGUUCCCUACUUCGUGUACGACAUCUACGCCAUGUUCAUGUGCUACUGGUACAAGCUGCGGGUCAAAGGGCACGAGGAGGCGUCGGCCGCGCCGCAGCACAUGAGCUCGGCGCUGACCAGCUACCUGCGCCGCGAGUUCCUCAUGGUGCUGCACCACGUCGUCAUGGUCACCGUCUGCUUCCCCGUCUCCGUGUUCUGGCGACAAGGAAAAGGCGAUUACUUCCAGGGAAUCAUGUUCAUGGCUGAGCUCAGCACUCCGUCUGUGUGCUUAGGAAAAAUCCUCAUCCAGUACAAACAGCAACACACUCUCCUGCACAAAGUGAAUGGGGCUCUUAUGCUGAUCACUUUUUUCAUCUGUCGAGUCCUCCUCUUCCCUUACCUCUACUACGUCUAUGGAAGGUACGCCUCCAUCCCCUUCCACAUGGUCCCGCUGUCCGUGCCCUGGCACUGUAACCUGGGCGCGGCGCUGCUCAUGGCGCCGCAGCUCUACUGGUUCUCCCUGAUCUGCCGGGGCGCGCUGCGGCUAUUCAUGGGCACCUCCCGCUCGCAGAGAUCCCGCUCGUCCUCCUCCGGCGCCGCCAAGGAGCGCCAGGCGGACGGCACGGCGCUGCCGCAGCCCGCCAACGGCUACAGCGCGCGCCCCACAGAGCCCGAGCUGACCACCCACUGAGACGAGUGGAGCGGCGGGGAGGGCGGGGAGGGAGGAGAGGCGAAUGUACCAAUGAGUAUGUCAAGAAAGGAAGAGCUCGGAGAGGAAGAACGCCAGACUUGAAGCAGGUCGGGAUGACGGCCUCCAAAAAAAAAAAAAGCGCGCUGAAGUCCUCCGGCCAGCAAACGGCCGCGGCGCCCGUCGGCUGGCCUCGCAGCACUUCAGCUCCUAGGUUUUUAGGAAACAAGCGGAGUGCUCUAGAGCGCUCGGUAUUAAAGAUGUCAUCGGGCACUGUGACAGAUAGGAUCAUGCACUGACCUGAGAGGAAUUUGCCUGGAUGUAUAGCAGACAUUAGGUGGCUGUUUCCCUCAUGUAGAUCAAAUUCAGUCCUCUCUGCCUCACGGUACAGGAAGAGAAGGAAAAUAGGAAUGUAUUAUAUUGUAUGUUAGUAUGUUUGCUGUAGAUGGAAGGCCUGAUUCAGUUUAGUAAUGAAGAAGACCUUCAAAAAAAGAAAAAAAAUCCCAGCUAAGCAGUAUUUUGACUUGUUAGUGUUUAUUAUCUGUAUCCUCUAUGUAGUCACUGUCACUCUAACAAAAUGUAACCAACCUGCAGACUGACUCAUCGUUAGACAGGAGAUAAACUCAUAAGACUGUAUUCUGCUGCCUUAUCCCUUCCCCACACUCUUUGCAGUUGAUUUAUAUUUGUUUUUUUGUUUUUGUUUUUUUAUCCCCGAAGGAGGCCGAGGUUUUCCUCGAAUGGAAAAUGUGACGGUUGUACAUAGCAGAUGUAAAAUUGUCCUUUCCGCGUCAGUAUUAGACCUGAAGUUUAUUUUUUGCUUUUUGGUUUGGGUUUUUGUUUUUUUUUUUUUGUUUUUGUUUUUUCUGGUUUUGCUUCAUCAGAUGUUUCCACCGACGUUUUGGAGAUGACAGUUCAGCAUUCAGAGAAACAGGUUUCAUACUUUGCCGGCUUGGUGUAUGCAGACGAGCCAUCCACGUCCGGGCAGUUUCACUCACUUCAGUGUAGAUAUGACUUCAUUCCAUUUCACUGGUGUCAUGGUUUUGGUUUUUUUUUUUAUUUCACUUUUUACACACAGGGAAGUAAUGCAGAGUAGCAGUCACUUUAAACCAAAUUUACAUGUUUCUUUUUUUAGUUUUCUUUCUUUUUAGUUUGGUGCUGAUGUAAUUCUCAAAAUAUCCGUUGCUUAGCAGGACUAUUUUAUGAAGGGAUCUGAGUAUUUUUAGCUUUGUUGGGGGAACUUAUGAUGUUUAAAGUUGAAGGGAAGCAAAAUGAAAAUGCAGGAAAGGAAGGAAAAAAACAAUCUUGGGGAAGCAUUCCCUCGUGGCUGACAUGCAGCACUUUUGUCCGAAACAACUGAUUUUGUCUCUCAUUUCCUUUCAAAAUGUGAAUUCGGCCUUCUGACGUCGAGGAAACGCUCCGAUCACUGAGCUGCUGAUUUGAGCCGCUGGUUCUAUGAACCCUUUGUGAGCAAAAUUCAUUUAAAUUUUUUUUUAUUAUUAUUUUAAUGUUCAUUUAAAGCAGCUACACUGUCCUGAAAAUGGGUUAAAAAAA